CACGCCUUCCUCCUGAUAACUAGCCGCCCAUUUCUUCUUCACAUCUUCCUUCCUCUUGCCUCUCGUCUCCAUGACGCGUCGUGCGCGUGCAUGAUCUGAUCAACACGCGCAAAGACACCGUACAUCUCGGAUUCUCAGCAGGUAAAUACGGCUCCUGUUCCAUCGCCGCACCACCCACCGCUUCACCAACACAAGAAGAAAACCGCUUCUACUCCUCCUCCUCCUCCCAUGGCCGACUACAACCGCUACGGCCACAGCUACGGCGGCGGAUACAGCAGCCACACGCCGCCGCCGUCGGCGCCGCCCGCGCCCGUGCCAACCACAUCCGCGCCGCCGCCCUCCUCAUACGGAUACGGCGGUUACCCGUCAGCCUACCCGCCGCCGCCCCCUCAGGCGGCGGGGGGAUUCGGAUACGGCUUCGUCCCCGUCGCCUUCCCGCCGGGGACGCACCCGGACGUCGAGCGCGCCUUCCGCGCCGCCGACCGCGACUGCAGCGGUGCCAUCGACGAGCACGAGCUGCAGGGCGCGCUCUCCACCGCCUACCACCGCUUCAGCAUCCGCACCGUCCGCCUGCUCACGUUCCUCUUCAACGACCCGGCCUCCUCAUCGCCGUCACGGAUGGGUAUGAGGCCAGCACAAUUUGUAUCCCUCUGGAAUUGCCUUGGGCAAUGGCGGGGUAUUUUUGACAGAUACGAUAGGGAUCGGAGCGGAAAAAUUGACUCCCGUGAGUUGACAGAAGCUCUUCGCAGCCUUGGAUAUGCCGUUCCACCUUCUGUCAUAGAGCUUCUUAUAGCGAAUUACAACAAUGGUGUCCCUCGCAAUGGUGCGCUAGACUUUGACAACUUUGUGGAAUGUGGCAUGAUUGUGAAGGGUUUAACUGAGAAAUUCAAGGAGAAGGACACCCGAUACACCGGCUCAGCAACCCUUACAUAUGAUGGAUUCUUGUCAAUGGUCAUCCCUUUCAUUGUCCCGUAGAUUUCUUUGGUUCCUUUAAUUUUGAUCUUUAGACCAAUCAAGCUGCUGUACAUUUGUAUUCUAGUCAUCAUUUUUUCGAAAGACGUAUUCUCUAGUCAUCAUGGUUCUUCCCUAGUUUGUGUAUAUGGGAAUUUUUGUAACUAGUGACUUGGUAAUGCAUAUCUUGUUGGUUUUGUAAAUUAGAGGGAGGGUUUCAGUUUCAUGGAAUUUA